AUGCACCGAGCAUCGAGGCCGUUGUCUGAAUCGCGCUGUCCUUCACCGGCAAUGGCACGAAGUACUUCGGACCGUUCCGCACACACAGCGGGAAGUGCAGCCUUCCCCAGCACGGUAACGUCGACACCCGCGUCCACCUCGACGUCGAUGUCGUGGAGCGGGCACAGCAGCCAGGUCGCGAACCGAGCGGACCUGUCGGGUGUAGCGUAUGCGGACUUGCUGGAGCAACAGAAUCAGGAUCGAAUUCAGGCGCUUUCCGGCAAAGUGGGAGCUAUGAAAGAGUUGGCUAUCCAAAUCAACGAGGAGGUUAUCACCCAAAACCGUUUUCUGGACCAGGAUCUCAGCGACUCGAUGGGACGUACUGUGGAGCAACUGCGCAACUCAAUGCGAAAACUAGAACAACUGGUACGGUCUGGUAGUUCUUACGCACUCUGUUACGGGGUUCUGGGUAUUGUUGGGGUUCUUUUUCUGUUACACUGGUUGUUUCCGCGCUGA